AUGCCACUGGACCUAUGCUUAGUUAUACUUAAAUGUAAGGAAACAUGUCUCGCAAUUCUAGCAGUUUAUAGAAGUCCAAAUGUAGCGCUAUCUUGGGACAGUGAUUUGGAAGGGGCCUUGACUCGUGCCAUCUGUGAAUCAAAUCACAUGGUUUGCUUGGGAGAUUUUAAUAUCAAUGCGGCGGACAUCUCACACACAUGCUGGGCUAGGUUACUUCACACAUCACGCUUUCUAUUGCUCAGGCAGGUUAUCAAAGAACCAACCCGCUCGGACACGAUUUGGGACCUUAUCUUUGUAAGCGACGACCUCCUCCUUUUAGAUUCGGGAGUGGCCAAGCUAUCAAGAGAAUUCGACCACGACUUGAUUUUCUACGACAUAAACCUAGAUCUAUCUACGAGAUCGAGUGUAUACCGCGUACGUAGGGACUUUAAACGUGUAGAUCAAACAGCAUUCAAUGAGGCAGCUAGUCAGGUGGACUGGGCCAGUAUAUUAAAGCACUCUUUAUUAGACGAGAUGGUGGACCGAUUUUCUCAAAUAACGUUAUACCUUAUUAACAGGUUCUGCCCGCUACGUCGCUUUAGAAUAGGUAGACCUAGGCCGCCUUGGUUCUCCGAAUCUGUGAAGAUAAUUUCUCGGGCCAGUGACAGAGCUCAUUACAAAUGGCGCACUUCAAAAACUGUCAUUGAUAGAGAUAAAUAUGUACUUCUCCGUAACCUCGCAACUAGCUCCCUCCGGCGCGAAAAAAGCGGGUAUCUGCCUAGCCUUUCAGAUAGGCUCUCUUCUAAACACAUGUUGGAAAAGGUAAAUCUGGUAGGUGUCUGGUCAGGACAAAGUCAGUUGUCUUGGGGAGAUCUUCCUAUGGACCCCACUAGCAUUAAGUACUUUUUUCUAGAUAUCAUACUAUCAGCGGUAGCCUCAGAUACACUACUCCGCGACCUUCAGUCAUCUGCUACCAACAUUUUACCUAACUCACACAAUACUUCGGUAUUCAAGGAAAUUGACCUUAGUCAUUUGUAUCACGCUAUGAAAUCAUUCACUUCGACAGCUACGGGAUCGGAUGACAUUAAUAGUCCUUCGGUUUAUCUUUGUGUACCUUCAUGCCUUCCUCCAUUAUUAAAUAUCAUGAAUACCUCGUUAAGGCAGGGGAAGUUUCCCUCGGCAUGGAGAUGA